CGUAGUCGUAUCCUACAAGUGCAGCGCAACCACCAUGACGCCUACCCGCUACCUCGCAGCGCUGGCCGCCGCCGCCUCGCUACUCUUCAUGCUCGGCGGCCUGCGCGGCGUCAAAGCGGGGCCGGCAGACAACGACUGCGCCGUCGCACAGACGGCGUUCGGCGACUGCACCGGGUACAUCGCCGGCGUGGAGGACAAGCUCUCGCCGCGCUGCUGCAGGGGGCUCGCCGACAUCAGGGACAUGGCGCCGACCUUUGACCGGCGGCGCGCCCUCUGCGCGUGCAUCCACAAGGAGAUGCUCGCCGCCGGCAAGGUGCUCACCCGCCGCGCCGCCACGCUGCCCGCCAGGUGCGGCGUCCGUAUCUCCUUCCUCCCGACCACCCACGACUUCGACUGCUAUCGGAUUCCACGAGCUGAUUGAGAAAUCGGCUUAAUUAUGGCGCCCAACAAAGAGCAUCGAAUAAGAUGACUUGCAAGACUUGUGGUGGGCAUAUUUAUGUUUCUUUUUCUUUUCUUUUUUCCUUUUUUAAUUUCACAAAGAGUAAACAGAAGAAUAAUCUAGCUUGUAAUGAUUUUUGGAAUAAAGAUCAUCGCAAGUAGGACUUGUUUACUCUGAAACAAUAUUUAGAAACUUAAGGCCUGUUCGGUAAUCAGCCGCUCCGGGAAUCUGCGGAGCGGGAAAACCGCAACUCCUUCGAUUUGUGCAGCAGCUCCACCAACUCCGCUCCCGGAGUUGUGGAGCGGAGGGUUAUCGAACAGGGCCUUAGUCCGCGUGUAAUCUGUAUCUUAUCCAUAUUAUUAAUAUAUUAAAGGUCAUCGUAA